CAUCAACAGCAACUGGUCGACAGCGCAUUUUGAAGAGCUAAAGUAAGUCACAAUUUUCUAGACUCCAAAGUUUGUAUAUAGACUCAGUUAAUUCCGGCGAACGCAAAUUGUUGCGCUCCCCGACCUCGUGUUCAGCACACGGGAUUUCGCACGCUGCCGGCUGAAAUUCGUCUGGCUGUAACAGUAUAUAUGUCCCUUUGGGCUUGUGAAUGACAAAAUCGUAUCAAUUUUCCCGUAUAUCAUGUGAACAUUGGCAUGGCGUAAUUUACAAAUCGUUUAAGAAUUGUUGCAUGCUCGAACAGCAACAAUUUUUGACAAUAUAUCUUUGCCGGGCAGGCUACUGGGACACCCAUAAUUCCUUGAAAUUUAAAAGUAUAUUUAGAAGAUGUAUCCAUUCAACUAUUAGGAACCUUUAGGAAUGAACUUCUCAAAUCUCUAUCUUUAUAAUACUCAUACAGUAUAUUUAAAAUAUAACUUACUAAUUCUUUGUAUCCUUGUAAAUAUAUAAAUAUAUAUAGCAUCAUGUAUCCUAUAGUCUUAUAAUUUUUCUGGUAUAUCAUAUAUAUCCAUAUAUACCAAUAUGUAAAUACUGCACGCACACUAUAUAUAUUUUCUAUACUUUGUAUUUUAAUGUUUUGCAGGAACCAUCUGAAAAACACUUCUUGUGAUGUUGGUUUCCUGAAUAAAUAUUAUAUUAUUAUUCAUUCAUUCAUUCAUUCAUUCAUGUGGCCACGUUUUGGUGGAUUUCCUCACUUAAACCCCAUUUUAAGUUGACAGAAAACUGAACUUACUGCUUGUUUGCAAUAAAUACAACUGUGUCCAUAUAGUUGAACCAAAGGUGUGAACAGAAAACGGCGUCUUUGAGUCGUAAGUACUAAAGUAAGGAACGACCUACAACCACCUACAACCACCUACAACGACGCUACAACGAUCUACAACCACCUACAACGACGCUACAACGAUCUACAACCACCUACAACGACGCUACAACGAUCUACAACAACGCUACAACCACCUAUAACGACGCUACAACCAUCUACAACGACGCUACAACCACCUAUAACGACGCUACAACCAUCUACAACGACGCUACAACCACCUAUAACGACGCUACAACCAUCUACAACGACGCUACAACCACCUAUAACGACGCUACAACCAUCUACAACGACGCUACAACCACCUAUAACGACGCUACAACCAUCUACAACGACGCUACAACCACCUAUAACGACGCUACAACCACCUACAACGACGCUACAACCACCUACAACGACCCUGCAAUGAUUUACAUAGCGACCCUACAACGCCUUAUGGUUUCUAUUUUGGACUUGCUCGCCACUUGAUAAUAAACUCGUUGUUUAUGUCUUUAUUACUUUAUCAAUUGUUGUUUAUAUAUUUUUAUUCUUUAAAAAGUUGUAUUGUGUGGCAAAUUUAAUUACAACGUCGCGAUGCAUGGCGAUCAUAACCUAAGUAUCAGGUUCUAUUUUACAAACUUGUAAUAGCCUGAGCAAAGUUUAUAUAUUCAAACUGUCGCAGAAGAAAUUUAAAUUUCACACAACGACAACAACAAUCUAAUAUAGUAAAAUAUAUCAACAAGAAUAGUAUAAUCUAGAUAGAUAGAUAGAUAGAUAGAUAGAUAGAUAGAUAGAUAGAUAGAUAGAUAGAUAGAUUGAUUGAUUGAUUGAUUGAUUGAUUGAUUGAUUGAUUGAUUGAUUGAUUGAAAUCUUUAUUUAAACACGGUGGUUUUAUCAAAUGGAAUAAAUAAUAAUUAUUUACAAUUUGUUCUUCCUAAAACCCGUGUAUAAUUUAGGAUAUACGUACAUUUUUACAUUUUUUUUGGAAUUUUUGAAAGAAAAGAGACUAUUUACAAUUAUUCAUAGAAUAAUAACUGACUAUGUUGGUGCAGAUAGCAGAUGUUCUAAUCUUUUUAUGAACCUUUUUAAUGAAGGUUCAUGUUUAAGUACGUCUGGUAAAGAAUUCCAUAGCUUUGCUCCAGUGAAAGCAAAACUUGAAUUAUAAUAAUCUGUUCGAUUUACAGGAAGCUCAGGCUUUCUUGCCAUUCUACUUUUCCUACUUUUUUCUACUUUUCUUCAACUUUCCUACUUUUCCUACUUUUUAUUAAAAAUCGCUUGAUUUUCCUACUUUUUCCUACUUUUUCUCAUAAAAUCCUACUUUUUUAAGACAGCUUGAGGAAUCAGUAUGUUAUAGCUCUCGUAAUUAGGUCUAUAGGACUCGUAAUUUUUAUUCCCUAUUUGUGUCCCAGAUGAUAAGAUCUCAGGAGAAAAAGUACAUUUUCCGAGUAUAAAAUUUCAUAGCCUCUCCAGAAUCAUAAUUAAUGAAGACUCUAAAAGUGCCAUUUCCGACGAUCUAGAUAUUCCAAAUAUUCAACUCCCCCGCCCCCCCCCUUGUUAAUCAAGCAUCAUAUAUACAGGGCCGUAGCAACCGGGGGGAAUAAUUUGCUAAUUAUCUUUUUUUUCAAAAUCAUGCAGACCUUUAUCAUUUAAUCCAUGACAAACUGCAAAGAAUGAAGAUAUUACCCAUACUUUCCUGCAACGUAUCCAAUAUACAGGGUGUAUCAAAAUAAACGCAAUUCAUCUUUUGUGCUUAAUAACUUUCGAAAUACUAUUUCUAGUUAAACGCAUUUAGGCUUACUUCAAAGCCUGUUCUUUUCUCUUUCAAACAAACUAUUAUCCUUGUCUCCAAUGCUAGUAAUGAUUGCACAGGAAAAGAUUUAGUAAAACCUAUCAUUUUUAGUUUCUGUUUAAUUAUGCAAGUCUACUAUGUUAUUGUUUAGUCGGUUUAAAUGUUAGAAUUUUCUUCUUUAAACUUUAAUGUUGUCGUCACUACAUCUGGAAAACCACGUAAGAACAAAUUAAAAGUAUUUUAAAAGAGAUCAGGUUGUUUGAAAAUCCCAAACGAACGCUAAAAAUCAUAGAAUCAAAACAUUCUGGUGUCUGAGCCAGAGUGUCAUCGAAUUACGAUGUAAUGUAAACAGAUAUUAUAGCAAGCUGAUGUCAGUCAGCUUAGAUGGUCCAAGCCAAAAUUAUAUCGCAUUUGAAGUUUCAAACUGUGUUAAAAAUAGUGGAAGAAAAGCCGUAAUUAUACUUAUUGUUACAAUCCAUUUAUUAAAAUGCAACAUUUUUUUGUUUUAAUGAAAAAAUCAGUUAUUUUCAUGAGAACGAUUUGUUCUUCCAUUUCAAUUUUUUUAAUCUCCAAUCGCAAUAACGUAAAGUAUUAUUACCCGCGAACCAAUGAGUCAAAUUUAAGAAACAACCCACUGUUAGAAAGCUGAAUGGCUACGCUUUAAAAUGAAUGUAAACUUUAACAUUUUCGUCUAUUAUUUGUUUAGCAAUUUACAUUUCAGUCGAGGAUUGCGUUUUUUUUUAUACACCCUGUAUAGUUAAAUAAAUACGCCUUCGCCCAUUUAGUACUACUAAAUUGUAAAUUUCGACACACUAAAACAGUGUUUUCUGACCACUAGAAUUCUGUCAAUUCUUCCCCAAAGUCCAGGAAAUGGCAUUUCAGAGACUCUAAAUUUAAAAAUUUCCUCGGGCUUUCGGCCCUCGCUUUCAGCCCCCAAUUAAAAAGAGCUUCCUACGGCCCUGAUAUAUGCUCCUGCCGCAGUGUGGAUUGGUGCAUUGUGUAGCCCAAUACAUGCAUUGCACUUGAAUUGCGUUGCUGCAGAGCAGAUGCCUUAGCUUUUAUAGCGAUGCAAUUUAAAAGUUUUGAGAAAAAAAUCCUGCAUAGAUGAAUGAGUACAUAAAAAUAUUGAGCACCAAAAAUUCAUACAACUUCCCCAUCAGAUAUCUAAUGGUCUACUCCUUACCACAUAUAUCAUAGGGGGCCAAUUUUGUAUAUUUUUGUGUUAUUUGCAUUUCCAAAACUCCUAAUUUUGUCCUACUUUUCUAUACAUUUUCCUACUUUAUUCCUACUUUUCCUAAAAUUCUAGUCCUACUUUUGUCCUACUUUUUUACACGAGGAUGCCAGAAAGCCUGGAAGCUCGAAAUUUAAUUUGGAUUGACGAAGGUUAUAAUCAUUUAAGCUACUAUGAAAUGUAAACAUUUCCGUUAGAUAUUCUGGUGCAAGACCAUGUACUAUUUUAUACAUCAUAAUAGCUUUUUGGUUUUCUCGCAUUUCUUUUAUAUUCAUCCAGUUUAAUUCCGCCAAAAUCAACGAAGAUUAUUUUAAUAAGGGUGCUUCCGUAUGUAAUACAUGUACAGUAAAUAAAAUACGGUUCAAUUAAUGCUCUAUACAGAGACACAAGAUUUUUCCGAUUAAAGAGUUUCUUCACUUUACGGAGGGCUGCAAUAUUACGGGAUACCUUUAAACGGAUGCUCUGGAUGUGUAUUUCCCAUGUUAAGUUCUCGUCAAUAUCGACACCUAAACACUUUACAGAUCUAACUUUACUUAAUGUCACAUUAUAGCAGGGCCUUUUUUAAGGAUUUUCCCGUGGGGGCAUUUUUUGAAACGGGACCUUUCUGUGAGGUAACAUAUUACAGGGAGAUAGCAAUAGCUGAAGGCCACGUGUGUGACCAACACACCAUUCACGCAUGAAUGGGGAGUCUGGGGUGUACUCCCCCAGAAAUGUUUUGAAAUUUCAAGCACGGAAAUGCCAAUGGCCACUUGUGUGGGGGCAUAAUCUCCAGAAAAUUUUUUAAAUUUGAAACCUGGAAAUGCUCUUUCCUGCAUUCUGAGCAUCCAAAAAAUAAAAAAAUUGUUAACAAUAAUUUAUCAUUAUUUAGUGAUAGAAAAACGUAACAAUUUAAAUCGAUUUUGUUAAACAAGGACAAAGGAUAAAGCCUAAAACUUACUUUCCGUUUAUUUAUUUGUUAUUCUUCGCUGUUUUGUUGGUAUAAAUUUAGGAAAAAGGGACUUUUCCUGGGGUGGCAAACUGUGAUUUCGUGGGGGGGGGGUACAAGGGGGGACUGGGGGGCAUUUGCCCCCCAGCUUGUAUGUUAAAAAAGGCCCUGCAUUAUAGUACUUACGAAAAUUUAGAUUGGGGCCAUGUCUUGGCGGUAAAAGACUGAAGAGUUUGUGCGAGGGUACUGAGAUUCUUUCAAACUGGUUAUCGCAGAGUUCCUGACGUCUGUUAUGUAAGGUGAUUAAACCGCCAAUUGGCCCAUAUUAGCAUCAUAGGUUUUACUCGGGUCAAGGAUUGAUAACGCUCUCUUUUGUACUCUGUCAAUAUCAGCACUCGGGUACUGGCGCAAUGCGCACCAACCAAUCAAAUGACAGAUUAAAAAAUCUGAGAUAGAACAAAAAACAAUGAAAAUGUGCAUUAAAUUGGAUAAUGCACGAACUCCUUGCUCGGUCAUUAUUUUUAAGAAGGCCUCGGAGCUCAUGCAUUAUCUAGCCUGCGAACAGGCCUGUUCGCAGGCUAAUGCAUUAUCCUAUAUAUAGGCACAGAAUAAAGACAUACAGAAGUGUAACUUCCAUUACAAAACCGUAAGGCGCUUUUUUACCGAAAUAGCUGGCGGCCAUGUUCUUAGCAAGUGAGAGGCAUUCACCCCCUGGAAUAUUAAAUUUUCAAUAUGUUUUCAGGGGUGACUGCCUCUCUUUAGGGUACUUGCUAAGAACAUGGCGGACUGAAAAAAAAAACCCUUACGCGAAAUUAACCUGAAGUGAGAUCUCUGUAUGUAGUUCCUCUGUGAUAUAGGCCUGAUCGCAGAUUACGGCGAUCACGACUUUUGAGUGAUGAUAUUUAUAAAUUUUCAUUUACUUCGGGACACUUCGGCACUUCGCGCCAAAUUGUAAUUUACCGUGCGACAUGGCAUGCUGCUUCACAGCCAUUAAAUAUACUAAAAUUUCGGAAAAUAUUUAAUACAUACGAGCCGGGUCGUUGUAGGAUUGUUAUAGGGUCGUUGUAGGUGGUUGUAGCGUCGUUGUAGGUGGUUGUAGCGUCGUUAUAGGUGGUUGUAGCGUCGUUAUAGAUCGUUGUAGCGUCGUAGGUGGUUAUAGGUGGUUGUAUAUUGUUGUAGCAUCGUUGUAGGUGGUUGUAGGUUGUUGUAGGUGGUUGUAGGUGGUUGUAGGUGGUUCCUUACUUUAGUACCUGCGGUCUUCGAGUUGAAACUUUCAAAGUUUACGCGUUACAUUAUUAAUUAUUCACUGAGAUUCAAACAUAAGCUUAUAUAUUGGCAAAUGCCAAAUCAUGUCAACCAUGACAUGUCACGUGAAGCGGUUUUAUACCCGAUAAAGCUCAUCUUUAUCACUUACUAGUAAUCAUCAGCAUUCUUUACAUAAAAGUCCAUCCUAAUUAGUAUUUUUUAUAUAAAGAAUACUAUUGAGAUCGGAUUUCUAUUGUAGUCAUGUUUGAAGCUAUUCAAAACACUUGUAGUCGUGUGACUCGUGUCUCAAUAUGAUAUCUAAAAUAAUGCAUAAACUCUUUAUCAACAGACUUCAUAGCUCUUAUGUUCGAACCAUUCGAGGUUAUUCUUUCUGGAACUGGAAAUAUGUGACCAUGUGGCUUAAGUUGUUAACUCCGUGUUAAGGUAAUUCCGCAGUAAUUGUUCCCAAAAUGAGAAUGUGCUGAAACUUUCCAGGCAUGGAGUUUAUUUAUGUUUCAUUACGAGUAACAGCAAAAUCGCAACAGCCCGAUAUUUAUUGACGUUUUUAGCGCGAAUUUUGCUUUUGUAAACUUAUCUUGUAAUUAUUUUUGAAAAGAUAUUGUGUUUUGAGCAAAAUGAAACUACUAACGUGUACAAUUCUGAUCUAUAAAUGUCUUUUUCACAUUUUUUACAGAGUUUGGGUAAUGGUCGAGUGUCGAGGGUCGAGGGUCAUAGGUCGAGGGUCGAGGUUCGGAAGUCGAGGUUCGGAAGUCGAGGUCAAGGGUCAAAAGUCGAGGUCGAGGGUCAAAAGUCGAGGUCGAGGGUCAAAAGUCGAGGGUCGAAAGUCGAAAAUACUAUGUUUUUAUCCAUUUUAAAAGUUUUACAACCAUUAAACGCGGCAAAACAAUUAGUUUUGCUGUCAAAACUGAACAAUUUCGCCUAUGGCUAUGCCGUAUGGCUAUGUACUGUACAACUGAAAGUUUCGUUUGUGGAACUAAAAGUCUGAUGCGAGGUUUGAUGUUUGAAAGCAUACAUCUUUUAUUUCACAUUGGACAAAAAUAUAUACAAACACGGACGAUUAUACAAAAAUGGCGUUUCACUCUCAUGAGAAACUGACUAUAGCCUAUAGGUAAUAUGUUAUCUCUUGGAUUUGGAGGCGAAAGAGUUCUGAAAUUCUCAGAACUUCAACUUAACGAUACUCUUCAAACCGCGUAUGGUUUUGGAGGUUUAAAGUGUUAGGGUGUGCGAGAAACAGUUGAUAUUUAUAUAUUUUAUAACAUCGUGUUUACAUGUCUGCACCGGAAGUGCACAUGUUCGAUUGACAGUUUCAUAUUCAUAAUAUAGUUGCGCGAACGUUGUAGUGUAUUAAUAAAAUGGAGACUUUCUUUAGUUGUUCUGUCAAAAAUAACAUGCAUGAAGCACGAAUAAUUAUAACAGGGUGAUAUUAGUUCGGUUCAGAAUUAUCUCACGACUAUUGUGAGAGAUUUUUAAUAUUUGCUGCGCUGGGACCCGAUUCGUUCUGAUAGUACAAUAAAUACAAUAUAUUUUCGAAUCACCCCACCGGCACCGUAUGUUCUCGAAUAGUAAAAUUUAGAAAAACAAAAAGGAACCUAAUUAUGCCCUAAGGCAUGUUCUGUACUAACAGUAAUAAAGUUAGAAAUGUUUAAUAAAAAACUAAUAUUUCCCAUUUAAUUUUCGACCCUUGAAUUUCCACUUUCGACCCUCGACUUCUGACCCUCGACCUCGACUUUUGACCCUCGACCUCGACUUUUGAUCCUCGACCUCGACUUUUGACCCUCGACUUUCGAACCUCGACCCUCGACCUAUGACCCUCGACCAUUACCCAAACUCUUUUUUACAUAUCUUUCUUGGAGAACAUGCAUUGAUAAAGGAUUUUUUUCAAGAUCCAGAAAUGAGUUUUAGUUUAAUUUCGGAUGUAAAUGUAAAGUGCAUUAAAGAAAUAAAUUAUCAGUUAAAAAACGGGGGUCACCGAUCUUUUUAGGGAAUUGUGGCAUUAAAACGUGAAAUGCAAGUAAAUAAAUUUAAAAAACUCCUUAAUAAUUCAGGAGCAAAACACAAAGAAAAAUCAUAAUUAAGCGUGUCGUGGUUUUAUAUGUGAUAAAAAAUCAUGUUAAUUUACAUAAACUUUAGCUUUGAUUUUUUCGGUUUAGACAAAGUUUAUUUUAAAAAUUACUUCGCCAAUGAACUCGUAUAAGAUGAGUCGUUGUAGUCGUGUUUUAUCACUUGUAAAACGUUCGGCUGCGCCUCGCGUUUUAUAUGUGAUAAAACAUUAAAACACUUCUACGCGUGCUUUAAAUAGUACAUACUACAGACCAGUGGCGUAGCUAGCGGAAUUUGACUAGUCCUGCUCUCUGCAGACCCACCCAUUCUAGAGGGGUCCGGGGGCAUGCUCCUCGGGGAAUUUUGAAUUUUAGAAGUCUGGAAUGGCCAUUUCCUGCGACUUCACGGCGAAAUACUCCAAAGGGAACAUCAAAAAAUUGCGUGAUUAGCGGAAAAUUUUUGAUAAUUUUUUCAGAAAAAAAAAUUUGUAACUUUUUGAAAUCCAUGCAUUUUUUUAAUCAUAUUUCACUAUAUAUUUUUCAACUUAACUGAAAAUAUAAUGUAGCUAAAUAUAGUCAAGUCACGAGAGAAAAAUAUCAUGUAUACAAUACGCGUCUUUAAUACGAUCUUUCACUUGAUCAACACAUAAUCCAACCGAGAUAUACUAUUGCUCGAGUCAGGACUCGAGCCAGGACUCGAGUCAGGACUCGAGCCAGGACUGGAGUCAGGACUCGAUCAAAAAAUUCGAAAAUACGGGGAAUUGCCAUUACCCAAUAGUUUUGUUUCAUAAGACACGUUACGCAGGCUAGCUAAAUGUUCUACUAGUAGCAAAUCAAAUACAACCUUUCAAUAAUUACCGCUAAUCACUUUGUGUAAUUUACCAAUGAGAGCGAGGUUCCAUGACCAAAAAGUAUGUGUAAUUAUCGAAAGGGUGUAUUUGGUAAUACAGUUAGCCAUAUUACAAGAAAAUAAGGCAUGGAGAAUUAUCCUAGCUACUCUUUGACGAAUGCUAAGCGGCAACAAGUUCUGUUUUGUAAAGAGCGAGAGACUGCUAGUGAUGGGCAAUACCAACUGUUUUAGUUCGAUAAAAUACUGGCCGGAUAUUUUUUUGGGUAUCGAUAUUUGUGCAAUAUAUCAAGGAAAAACAACAACAAUGGUAUUGACUAUUGUUUCAUUCACUACCUUCCGGCGCUAAUAACCGUUACAGUUAGGGGCCGAUUACAUGGAGCAUUUUCAACCCCGGGGUUGAACUCAGCCCUGUUUACCGGGCUGAAAUUUCAGCCCUGUCUGUAAUACAAAACUCUAGCCCUGUCUGUAAUACAAACUCUAUCAAAAUCAAACGCGCGAUUACAUGACAUAAUUUUCAACCCAGGGCUGAGUUCAACCCCGGGGUUGAACUCAGCCCUGGGUUGGAAAUUUUGUCAUGUAAUCGUUUCAACCCAGGGCUGAAAUUAUCGCGAGUUAUUCGAGCAUGCGUGGUAGUGACUAUUUACUACAAGAAAACAAAGUAAAGGCUUUUUACUUCCGCGAAUCGAUGCCGCCAGAACGUAUAGUAUAACGUUUUAACCCCGGAGUUGAAAUCGUCCAUGUCAUCGCAAAAAAAUUCAACCCGGUUAACAGGGCUAAGUUCAACCCCGGGGUUGAAAAUGCUCCUUGUAAUCGGUCCCUUAAUAGCCAAAGUCAGAUGAGAUUGACUGCUCUGUAUGUUGAUCUGUAUGUUGAUUUGUAUAUUGAUCUACGGUUUUUGUUGGCGACGCUAAUAAAACUAAAACUAUACCAAAUAUCAACUUUUCUCCUUUAGUUCUUUUAUCGAAUUUGGCGGAAAAAGGCGGGAAAUUGAUUUGGUAAACAAGUUCUUUCAGUUCCUUAGGUUAUCGAUAAACAAUUCCUCAGAUUCAGUUAAAUUUCCUUAAACAUUUCGCAUUGUUGGUGAACGAAUAGUCUAAAUUUAAGGAAAGUUACUUAAAAGUGAGAACGCUGCUGGUAAAUUUUCAUCCAUCAAAAUCACUUGACGUCAUUUUUGGCUCGAGUCCUGGCUCGAGUCCUGGCUCGAGUCCUAGCUCGAGUCCUGGCUCGAGUCCUGGCUCGAAUCCUGACUCGAUAUUUAGGUACCCUCGAUUGUUCAUUACGAUUAUGGAACUUUAAAAUGAACAUAAAACGAAUAUUUCAUAUAUUCUGUUGCAUUGACCUUCGUUUGGAUGUUUGUGACCUUGUUUACGUUUGAAUAACUUAGUGACUGUUGAGUAACGAAUUUCUGACGUUUAAUUCAAACUACGCAUCUGAUUGGAUAAUAAAAUUAGAAACCCAUGUACAAAAAUAAAUUGAUAACAAAAUCGUGAAGUCAUGUGACCAAAAUGAUGAAACAAUUUGAUCACAUGAUUGAAUGAAAAUUGAAUUUGGAAUUAUCAAACGUCUUUCCCCGUUUGAAAAUCUUAGCGGGAUGUGGCCAGUUUAGUGAUUUUAGUAAUAUAUCAUUAACUGUGCACAGAACUGGAAUUUAAUUAUAUACUUCACUCAUGACCUUCAAAACAUUCUCAAUUAUUCAGUGGUCUUCGACAUGUUCACCAAAUAUUUUGUGUAUGUUACUCAACAGUUAACAUUGGCAAGUGUAAACAACAAGUGACAUAACUUUUGCUUCAUACGAUUACAAUAAAGUUUUGAAAAUUUGAUGAGUAUGGAUUGAAUUGACAGGGGACAGUUUACUAAAUAACUGGCUGUAUAGACACUGUGAAUAUUGUUUGUAUGAACUUUUAUUUCCUGACUGCAUAAUUAUCUGUUACAAUCAUAAUCACAUUAUAAAGUUAGUUAAAUUUUCUCUGGGCAGGGGGGGAGCACUUGCCCUGCCGCCCUCCCCGUUGUGUACAGCCCUGUUUUAAAUCUUAUCUGCUAUUAUAAUAAGUGUUGAAAUAUUUCAAUUGUCCCAUGUCAUCUUCAUUAUUCAGUUUCUUUCAAGAAAAUACAAAAUGUGAAUCAACUUUUUCGCAGAUACAUGUACGCGUCGCGUACCUAUUUUUAUCAGGAGCAUUUAACACGAACGUGUACUACUCGCACGAAGUGCUCGUACGUGUUCCCACGCAAUUUCGAGUUUCUCCCAAACUUCCACUCGUAUUUUUAUAACUCUAUAGAAACACGGAAAAUGUUUUCUAUUUCUUAAAUAUUACUGAAAAGUUACCGUCUAUACAAAGAUUUUUAAAGAUGCGGUACAGUCCGUAUGUAAACAAAGGCUUUGUUUACAUUUCGGUAUCCAAAAUAUUGAAUUUUAUUCGACAACUAUUUAUAUUUUCAUGAUUCUAGAGUAUAAUAAAUUAUCAAGAGACAACAAUCAAACUUUGCAAGAACAUAAAAUGAAAUAAAAACCUAAAUAAACUGUUUGUAAAUAAAAAGAGGGCUCCUUUGUGCACAUGCGCAGAUCGGACUGUACCGCAUCUUUAAACACUAAUAAUAAUAACACAUCGCUCGCUCCGACCUACUACGAACGGCGGCUAUUUUUUAAAUAUUUAGUGUAAUUUUUGCUGUGCGUUGUGUACGGUGCAUCUAUGGAAGUGCACACUUGUGUGAGUGUCGCCCAAGAAAUUUUAAAUUUUAAAAUUUGAAAGUAAUAAAAUUAUAUAACUUAUAUAACUUAUAUACAAAUGCCAAUGAAAUAGUUAACGACGUAAUAAGAUCCAAUGAAAUGAGAUAGUUGAGGCUAACUGAAAAGUGAAAACAUGGCGCUAGCUGUAAAAUUUGUUUUAUUACGCCCUGCUGAAAAUCAUUCGCCUUGUACUGUCUUAUAGAUUUCCUCGGACUGCUGGUACAGAUCACAACAGAAUGGCAAUGUGUAACUCUUUUCACCGAUUGUUAUUUCUGUGGUUGUACAUCCUAUGUUUAUGUCAGUAUUCCAGUCUAGUUUCAGGUAAGGAACUCUCCUCCGCAUGCAGAGACGUUUUAAUUAAAAGCGCGGGCUAUAUAGCAGUAAUAUGGGCCGAGAAGACGAGAAUUCUGUCAGAUUAAGGACAUAACCAUGAAGAUAGCCGGCGUAGCUGGCCGCUGGCGGUUUUAAGGAGUUGGGGUUGAAGGGCAGCGAAAAUUAGGGAGGCGCGGAAGAGGCGAAAAUGUAGCAUGAGCUUCCACCUUUGAAUUUACUACAUGAAUAAAUUGUUAAACACGUCCGAAAUUAUCAAUAUGAUAAAUUCGCGACACAGGCUGAGCCCUAACACUAACGUAAUCUAAUCUUUAUCUGACACUAAUCUAAACUUGAUGACCUUUUUUUGUUUUUCUUAAUAAUCUCGCGUUUCUCAAACCCCAAUCCUUAAAACCGCCAGCUAUAUGCAAGCUAUCAUAAAGGCGGUAUAUUAGUUUGUUAGUCUAGCAAAUUUUAUAUUACGUUGUUUAUAGUGUUCUUCAGUAUUGUUUUUAUUAACGUCAAACAACUGUUAUGCCUCGUGGUGAUGACCCCCAAAGCAUCAUGGGUUAUAUACACCACAUAAGGAAGGAAUAAAGCAAUUUCCAGAAUAAAGUCAUGUUGGAAACUUUCUUUUCACGAUUCUCUGAAGAUGGCAGUUCAGUGAUAAAACAGUUUUGUUUUACAAACGACCAAUAAGAUUAUUUGUUUUUAUAGACGGUUUACUUAUAAAAGCCACCAGGACUGGCACCAUUGAUAUCUCAUGUACGCUAGAUAGUGCAUCUAAUUAUUCUACAAUUCAAAAAUUGAAGCCGUAGGAUAUUCCCAUGAAAUGAGAAGAUUGGUAUGUUUUCUAUUUCUUAAACAGGGAACUUAAACAUUAAGUUAAACCUAUUCCAAAUACAUUUUUAAACUAUUCAAAUGAUGAAAGUUAUUGUUGUUUUUUAAGCGUUUAUUAGCGAGUGGGAAACACCAACAUGGCCGCCAUCUGUUCAAAUGGGGGUAACCGCUGGAAUAUUCUUGGCUUCAAUUUUACUAAAAGAGAUGCGCUAUCUAGUCUAUAUAAGAUAUAUAUGGUUAGCACUCGCGCGCAAAAUGACUUAAGACAAAUUUUACGAGUUCGAUUCAUCACCAGAGUUUUGCAUGAAAUUAUUAUUGACCCCUUUCCCCCCACCCCACCCAUGCCAAUGUUGGUAAUGUUAUAAAAUGAAACCACCAACUAGAUAAACAACAUUGAACGGAGGGGUGGAUUAUUUUGCGAUUGAAAUGUGUCGGUGGCCAUUUUUUUAGUAUUUUAUUAGAAUUAGCCAACAAAUUACGUGCAGUGUCUCAACCAUUUUGCAUGCGAUUGGGGCUUCAUGGGGCCUCGUUUGAAAAUGAGAUAAUUGCUUGAUCUGUAGAGAUACAUGGAGACACAAAGACUGAUAUGCAUGCUCAUGCAGGCAUUCAUCCACAUUAUUGCUUUUAUUUUAGGAACAACCAGAGACUAUUUCGGUGCAAAACGUCGUCUUAUGAGACAUCUCACCAAUGAUUCGGAAAUUGUGAGGGAAAUCCGUCCAGCUCGCGACAACAAUACAUCAGUGAAUAUUAAAGUUAGAAUCCAUCUGCGUGAAAUUGCGAAUGUGGUAAGUUCACUGACCUCCACAUAGCUGGAGUGAGGACUUCAUUCAGUAGACAUCAGACGGAGGUCAACCUGCAGUUAUCAGACUUAGAAAAUAAUAUCAGUUUUAGCUUGUGGAAACAUUACGUAAAUUUAUUACUUGCAAAUGAUAAGUAAUGUUAAUUAUUUUUACUGUAUGCAGUUGAACACCAUCAAACUUACCAGUUCUCUAAUUCUCCUUGAUACAGGAUGAGAAAAAUCAAUUAGUUCAAAUAACAGUUUGGCUCAGAUUUGAUUGGAAUAAUCCGUUCUUAACGUGGGAUCCUGCGGAGUAUGGAGGGAUUGAAAGUGUUCACGCGAAUCAUGAACUUUUCUGGGUGCCUGAUGUUGCAUUGUUUAAUGAGUGAGUUCUGUCUCCCUGUUUCUUGCUCUGUCAGCCUAGGAAACACUUGGAGAUUCACAUUUUAUCUCAAUGUCCCAGCUUGCCCACACUUCGAAACAUUACUGCGCUAAUAAAAUCUGCUUCCCAGAAAGAAAAAAAUGUUUUAUAGCCAACUUAAAAACGUUUCCCGAAGUGUCUACCUUCAGAAAACCUGGCUAGGUAAACAAUGUUUCUUAGUUUGGCCACCUUUAAAAGAGCCAUUGCUGGGAAACAUUGUGUCCUGUUUUGGCCACUUGCCUUGGAAACAAAUAAACAAUGUUCCUAAACAUGCUACUAUCGGGAAACAUGGCUAAGAAACAAUGUUUAUUUUAUGUUUCCUUUUCAUUUUAUUUUUUUUCAUAUAAUAGUUUAAAUUCACUUUUUCAGAGCACGUCUUGAUGAUAAAAUUCUCUACAAACGUUUAGUAACAAAACUAGUUAUCAACAAAAACGGUGAUUGCACAUGGAACGUUCCAGCUACAUUGUUAAGUCAGUGCAAGAUCGAUGUAUCCCGGUUUCCCUUCGACGAACAAAAAUGCCAUGUUUCCAUUGGCUCUUGGACGUAUUCGGUGCAUAAAAUUAACACGACCUACUUCGAACGGCAUGUGGACAGGCGUCAUUUUAUCAAACAUGGGGAAUGGGAUGUCGAAAGCGCGCUUUUGCACAACAAAAUAAAGAACUACGGUGCAAAUAAUUUGCAAUAUUCACAUGUUACCUUAACUUUGAAAAUAAAACGCCGGCCAUUGUAUCAUUGCGUGUACGUAGUCAUCCCUUCUGCAGUAAUCUCGCUGUUAGCCCCACUUAGUUUCAUUCUGCCGUCAGAAAAUGGUGAACGAAUAUCGUUAUUGAACGGUGUUCUGGUUGCAAAUUCUGUUUACAUGUUAAUAGUAUCAUCUGUGUUACCAGAAACCUCCGAUGCUAUUCCGAUUCUCGGGAAAUACCUUCUUGGCAAUAUUAUUACAAUCGUGCUAUGUUUGUGUGCAACUUUUGUGAGUUUGAGAUGCUAUGAACUGACAUGCCCCAUGUGGCCAUGUUUGUGGAAGAGUUUUAAAUAUUUGGCAAAUUGUAAGGAGGAAAUUCCGUAUGAUGGGGAAUCAAACACAGAAGAUAUGGAGAGUUCGAGAAUGGAACGUGCAAAGAAAUGGAAAACAGCCUCAAAAGUUCUCGACACAUUUUUCCUCAUCAUCUUUCUUGUAGCCUACAUUAGCUUGAUUGUGUGGUUUACAGCGUGAGUGUCUGUUGAUGUACAGAGCAGCAGAUGGUGGUCAACUUUGAAAAUGUUCACACUAAAAGAGCAAGAAAAUUAUACUGCAUCUCGUAAUUCCACUGACUUUCCAUUAAAUACAAGACUUUGAGAAAAGAAUUAGCCGGCGAUUAUAAAGCUAUUAUUUUGUCACUCUGAUACUGAACUGCCUCUUGACCACCAUCUGCUCCAUGAUAGCACUUUAGUGAAACGUGCCAAUAUUUAGGCAUAAAUCUACACCAUAUGAAAUCUAUGAAAAUCUAUAUACCUCUUAUAAAUUUUUUGUCGCUAGAAAAUUGAACGAGUUUGCAUAUCAAAUAUUUCAAAGUUUUAAAGCAGCUUCUUGUAACUAGUUGUAGUUCAGUCUAUUAACUUUUAAAUUUAAAAUUAAUGUCAAUAAUAUUUUUUUGUGAAUAAUAUAAAUAUAUCGUUUUAUUAAUCUGGAUACCCUCGCACGUGACAAGGUAAAACUGUCUGGCCGGGUAGUAUAGAAUACCGCUAUCGAACAAGGGCAGUUUAAACCGAGACUCAGAAAAGUUUCGAACGGUCAGUGUAAGUGGUGGCAAUAAUAAAACUUGGGCUCAUAGGGAUGUAAUUCCCUGAAAAAUACAAAAACAACUUCGCUAUAUUAACUUCCAGACGCCAUUGACCACAUGCAUAGAUUUUAAAUAAAAUUUAACAAAACGGAUUCCCUAAAUAAAUCAUUUUUCAUGUAAUCUAGUUACACGUUAUCCCGGCAAUCUGUGACAUCGCUAAGAUCAGUCCGGUAGUAAUUCAUAAACGGCGCGAAGAAGCUGUCAACUGAUUAACUGCGGAAUAUUUCUUGCGCAGGAGAAAGACGAUUUGCUCAAUUUGCAAAAAGAGAAAAGGCGUGUUUAGCUUUUAAAACGAUUUUUGCUAACUGAUAAUGAGAGAGUCGCUUAUUUGGCCAUUUGCUCUUUUUAUUUUUACUCAUCUGCUAUUCAACUGCACAGCCACAGGUGAGGAUUUAUUUUUUGUUGUAUAGUAACUAUAAAGUAAGAUUUUUAUAGGUGUUUUUACCAUUUUUGUGAAAAUGAUACAGUGUAAAGAUUAUAUGAAAUUUAAAUGUUAGGUCGGCUGUAUAGCAGUUUUAAAAUUUGUUUUUCUGUCUUGUCGGGAGCUGUCCGCUUGACAACAAAAUAUUCAUAAAUGAAUAAACGUUGACCAACAUAGAUAAUGAGUUAUAUUGUUAUUCUAAUGAGUUUCACAGCCAUCUUCCCUUCGAUAAGCUAUGGAUAUAUGUAGAGAGCUUCCAAGACUUAGCAUUAAUUAUUUUUUCACUCGACUCUAGCUACCAAUAGAUAGUUAGGCAUAAAUUAUAUAGUCAUAUCAAAAUAGAAAUUUUAUUGUAAGGAGAAAUUCCUAUAUCCGGCUUGUAGUUGUACGGAAUAAAAUAGUGAAUUUGAUAUAAGUUUUUAGUCGCAUUAAAAUUGGGGAGUUUUAUAUGACCGUCUUAUGUAGUAGUUUUAUUAAGUUUUUAAAUCUAUUAUAAAUGUAAAAUGUUGUUAUUUGGAAUAAAUAAAUCUAAUAUAACUAUAACUAUCGGUGUUUUAUAAAUCGAUUCAUCCUAUAGCUAGGAUCAUGACAGGUAAAAUAGUUUGGCGGUAGCAUAAAAUACCGCUAACGAGGACAGUUUUAACGGGGAAUCUGCUCAAACCUCCAAGUUCCAGAAAUCAUUUACUUUUUUCAAUAAACAUUUCUAAAUUCACACUAGCAGAUUCGAUUAUAACAUAUAUAUUAUUUCACGAUCACUUCUAUUCUUUAACCAAUUUGAAAGAGCAACGCGAAUUAACCAGAUGCAUGGAUUUUAAUAUAAUAUUAAUUAAACAAAACAAAUUCCCUAAAAGUAUGUCAGAUUAGUAUGCCCAUGUCGGAAAUCUCUGAAUUAUAUACUGACAUUCUCGGAGUCGCCAAACCGUCUUUUGAAAUUCGAAAGUACACGUCCACAAGUAGAUUGCCAUGCAUGUAGGCUUUUGUAGCAUUUCUAAAGGCAAUACAUGUUUUAGUUUGAAACAAUAUUUCAUCAAUACACCAGUGAAUGUUAGAAUUAGCAUCCAUCUACAUGAAAUUGCGGAUGUGGUGAGGACUUCAUUCAGCGGACAUCAUGCAGACGGAAGUCAACCUGCAGUUAUCAGACUUAGAAAAUAAUAUCAGUUUUAGUUUGUGGAAACAUUACGUAAAUUUAUUAUUUGCAAAUAAUAAGUAAUGUUAAUUAUUCUUACUGUAUGUAGUUGAACACCAUCAAACUUACCAAUUCUCUAAUUCCCCUUGAUACAGGAUGAGAAAAAUCAAUUAGUUCAAACAACAGUUUGGCUCAGACUUGAUUGGAAUAAUCCGUUCUUAACGUGGGAUCCUGUGGAGUAUGGAGGGGUUUAA